AUGUCUCUGUCUUUUAUUUCGAGUCAGGGCUUCUACAACACUACCUGCGGAUAUUGUAAUUCUGAGGAAAGAACCUCACGAAAAUUCUACUUAAAUUCUAUCACUUUGACGUGUCAAGAUUACCAAGAUCUCAUUGACCGUGGCUGGCGACGAUCUGGAACUUGCUUAUAUAAACCCGACUUGCUAGACAUAAAGGAUAACCUUUUCUGUAAUAAAAAAAGAUUAGAUGCAAAUAAAUUUCAAGCUUCGAAGUCACAACGGAAGGUAGUAAAUAGGUUUAAUCGGUUCGUUGAAGGAACAUACGUGCCCUCCGAAGCAUCCGUAGGCGAUGAUGGACCAUCGGAGAAACAAUCACACGUGAAUGGAACAGGGAAAACCGGAAAACAAGUGGGAAAAAUUUUUGAAAUAAUAAAGACUAUUCAUGAGGCCGAGGAUCGAGAGGAUUAUAAACACAAGUUUAGGAUAGUGUUCGAACGAUCUUCUUUUACUCAAGAAAAAUAUCAACUUUAUCGCAAAUAUCAAAUUAAUAUUCACAAAGAUCCCGAAGAUGAAGUGACUAAAAAUGGAUUCAGAAGGUUUUUAGUGGAAUCUCCUUUACAAUAUGAAUCAUCCGGGGUGCAAAACACUUCAGAAUAUGGGUCAUUUCAUCAAUGUUAUUUCUUGGAUGACAAACUGAUUGCGAUUGCGGUUCUCGAUAUUCUUCCUAAGUGUGUGUCGUCUGUUUACUUUUUAUAUGAUCCGGAUUUUGGGUUUCUACAGCUUGGAAUAUAUAGUGCCCUCAGGGAGAUAGCUUUAACCAAAGAAUACUACAACGCUGGAUUGGAAAAGUUGAAUUGGUAUUAUAUGGGAUAUUACAUUCAUAAUUGUCAAAAGAUGAAGUACAAAGGAAAUUAUAAACCGUCUGAACUUUUGGAUCGCGAUACAUAUGAAUGGUAUCCAUUUGAAUAUUGUGCACGUCUGCUGGAUCAAAGUGAAUAUGUCUCAUUUUCAAACCCACCCAAUCAAACAGAAGACAAUAAUGAAAAAAAAGAUAAAGAAAAUCCAAAAAAAUAUACAUCGCUGUUACCGCCACCAGGGAUGCUUGAUCCUGAAAGUGUUGCUGAUAACGAAAUUGAAGAUAUCAAUGUUCUACUACAUGAUAACAAUAUGAUCCUUCCAUAUCAU